AUGAGUGUAGUAGGAUUAGAUAUUGGUAACUUCAGCAGUACGAUUGCCUGUGCAAGAUCUAGAGGUAUCGAUAUCAUCUGUAAUGAGGUUUCCAACAGAAGCACCCCAACGAUGGCUGGAUUUAAUCCAAAGAGCCGUACUCUCGGUGAAGCUGCGAAAUCCGCUGAGACUAGCAACUUCAAAAACACCGCAAGCCAACUUAAGAGACUUAUCGGACGCGCUUACGCUGACUCUGAGGUUCAAGCCGAGCAGAGCUACAUCGGUGCUCCUCUUGUCGACGCUGGUGGUGAAGUUGGUGUAGAAGCCAGCCUCGCUGGAGAGAAGCAAGCAUUCUCUGCUACCCAAUUAAUGGCUAUGUACCUCGGCAAGCUCCGUGACACUGCUCAACAAGACAUUGGUACCAAGGUUUCAGAUGUUGUUGUCUCUGUACCUGGCUGGUUCACCGACGCUCAACGUAGAGCUAUGCUUGACGCUUCAAAGGUCGCCGGUCUCAACUCUCUUAGAGUCAUGAACGACCUCUCCGCCACCGCUUUGGGCUACGGUAUCACCAAGCCAGAGCUUCCUGAGCAAGGCCAACCACCAAGACACGUCGUCUUUGUUGACGCUGGCCACUCUAACUUCCAAGUCUCCGUUGUUGCUUUCAACAAGGGCACUCUUGAAGUCAAGGGCGCUGCCUACAACCGUCACCUUGGUGGUAGAAACCUCGACAAGGUCUUGACUGAUCACUUUGUCAACGAAUUCAAGGGCAAGUACAAGAUUGACGUCUACUCAAACCCAAAGGCAACCUUCAGAUUGGCUGCUGGCUGUGAGCGUCUGAAGAAGGUCUUGUCUGCAAACUCUGUUGCUCCACUUAACGUCGAAAACUUGAUGAACGACAUUGACGCCACUUCGAUGCUCAAGAGAGAGGAAUUCGAAGCAGCAGCUGCCGAUGUUCUCAAGGGUGUUGAAGCACCACUUGCUGAAGCUCUCCAAGCUGCUGGUAUUGAACAAUCUCAAGUCGACGCUGUUGAGCUCGUUGGUGGUACUUCAAGAGUACCAGCUAUUAAGGAGAAGAUUUCUCAAUUCUUCGGUGGAAAGACCCUCUCAACAACCCUCAACCAAGAUGAGGCUGUUGUCAGAGGUGCAACCCUCGCAUGCGCUAUGCUUUCACCAGUCUUCCGUGUAAGAGAGUUUAGCGUCAACGACAUCAACUUGUACGGUAUCAAGGCUACUUGGGACGCCCCAUCAAGCCUUCCAGCCGGUGAGAGCAACGAGACAGAAAUUGAAGCCUUCCCAACCAAGAACGCCAUUCCAUCUACCAAGAUUCUCACCUUCUACAGAAAGGAGGCUUUCGACAUCCACUUCCAAUACUCAAACCCAUCUGCUCUUCCAACCGGUAUUAACCCAUGGAUUAGCAAAGCAACCAUCAAGGAUGUAGCACCAACUGCCAAUGGUGACUUCUCCAUUGUUAAGGUCAAGGUCAGACUUAACUUACACGGUCUCGUUUCCGUCGAGGGUGCAUACACCGUCGAGGAGGUUGAAGGCGAGGAGCAAGUCCCAGUUCAAGUGGGUGAAGGAGAAGAGCCAAAGACGGAGACACGCAAGGUCAACAGAACAGUAAAGAAGCAAGACUUGACUGUAAUAGGUGGUACUACUGGCGCAUCUGAAUCAGUGCUCGCUACUUACCACGAGAAGGAAGGUCAAAUGUACGCACACGACAAGCUCGUUGCAGAGACAGAAGAGCGUAAAAACGCCCUUGAGGAGUACGUUUACGACCAACGUAACAAGCUCGAUGACAGACACGCCGCAUACGCCACCCCAGAAGAGAAAGAGACAUUCAAGAAGGCACUCGGUGAAGCUGAAGACUGGUUAUACACAGAUGAAGGUGAAGAUGCUCAAAAGUCAGCUUACGUCUCACGUCUCGACUCACUUAAGAAGUUGGGUGACCCAAUUGUGAACAGAUACAGAGAACAACAGGAACUUCCAAAAGCAGCAGCUGUAUUAAGAGAAGCCACCAAUGACUUUCUCACAAAAGCUCAAUCAGGGGAUGAAAGAUACUCUCACAUCGCUGCAGAGGAUAUUCAAAAGGUGAUUGACACAGCGGCUAACGCAGCUAAGUGGUUGGACGACAACAUGUACAAGCAGUCAGAGAAGAUGAAGACUGAGAACCCAGUUAUCACUUCAACACAAGUAUUGAAGACUGCUGAGGAGAUUGGAUACACUUGUAACUCAAUCCUCAACCGUCCAAAGCCAAAGCCAAAGACUGAAGCACCAGCACCAGAGCCACAACCAGCUAAGGAAGGUGAAACACAGAAGGACAACAUGGACGUCGACUAA